AUGCCACUUUUUGGACAUUCAAAACGCAAGAAAGCAUCCUCAUCGCCACCGUUAUCUAGUGCUUCAGAGCUGCUCGGUGUAGAUCUUUCGAAUGUAUCGUUGUCGUCUGGGCAAGUAUCUGCAGCAGGAAAGCCCAAGAAUAAGCUCAAGAGCUUUCUAAAGCCCAAGAAUUCAUCGACUGACAAAAUUGGACAGGAAAAAGUUAGACUAGAUGAAAAUUCAACGGGAGAGGAAAUACGGAAGCAACGACUUAAUCAGAGAACCAGUACCAUCGUAGAAGCUGAUGUGGACGAAGCAAAUCGCAAUGCAGAUAGUGGUUUUGAUUCAGAGUAUGAUUCUAGUGGGCUGAAUGAUUUUGAUUCUGAUUCUGAUUCGGAUGAUAGUGAUAGUGAUUAUGAAGAGGAACAUAUGCAUGCCAUUAAGAUUAGAGGAAAGAGUCUUUCUAUCCAGAGCAAUUUCGUAUCGCAAUUAUCGAGUAUAAUGGGCUACUGUGGGAUAACAUCAACGGCGACUAAUCCAGAGACAUUAGCAGCACUUGCUAACGAAGAGCUGAAAAGAACGUAUUCGUUGCUUGACCAAAAUAUGAAAAUACAUCGCUUAUCGGGGACAUCGAACAGAAAGGAUCCAAAAUUGACUGAAUCAGUCAUUGGGGAUGAACAAGCAGCAUUAAUUGAAAAAUUACAGAUAAAACUUGAUGACCUGCUAAGUCUGAAAGAUUUGGCGUCCGACCUGAUUCAACAUUUGCGCAAGGGUAAGACUGUUUAUGACAGAUAUGGCGUGGUGAGAGAUAUAAUAGGUAGAGGUGCCUAUGGGUUAAUUAAAAUCAUUGAUCCUAAUGCAACCGACGCAACUCUCAAGUCAACAACAAAGAUUGCUCCUGGAAAUGUAUUUUACGCUGUGAAAGAAUUGCAAAGACGUCCUGGGACAGAGGUAAAACAAAAGGAGACUCAAAAACAAUUUAUUGAUAGAGUGAUAUCUGAAUUCAUUGUAUCAUCAACCUUGAACUAUAAGCACAUAGUGAAGACCGUAGAUUUGAUGGUCACCUUACCACCGGUCGAUUCGAAGAAAGGUGCUACUGAACUUAGUCAAUGUAUAAAGAUCAGUCAGGUUAUGGAAUGUACAACAGGUGGUGAUUUGUUUACAUAUAUGACAACUACUACUGAUAAAGGGAACAAACCAAUACGAAGCGUAUCACUUGAUGAAGUAGAUUGCUUUAUUAAACAAAUUUCGAAAGGAUUAUGGUAUAUGCACCAACAUGGAGUGGCUCAUUGCGACCUAAAGCUUGAAAAUAUUUUAGUAAAUUAUUUACCACCAGAUCCACAAGAUCCAUUAAGAACUAGAAUAGUCUUAAAAUUAUCCGAUUUUGGAAAGGUGAAUGUUUUCAAGACUAAAUGGGACCAACAGGAACAAUUAAUUCCUUAUGAAAAUGGGCCUAUUGGUUCAGAAUCAUAUAUGGCACCAGAGGAACAUCUCGGCAAGUUGCAUAAAGCUGGGGGUUAUUCGGCGAGAAGUAAAGAUAACUGGGCAUUAGGUAUUGUAAUACUAGUAUUGUUUAAUAUUAGUAAACAGUAUUUUACGCACAAUAAAUUGGAUGGUAAUGCUGAUAAGCCUGCUGAAUAUAGUGGGAUUUUUAACGAAUAUAGCUCAGGAUACUUAUGGCAAUGCACGGAUAUGAAAAUGCAUCACUUGAAGAAAAACGAGGAAAAGAGAUAUAGAGAUAAGGUAUUUGAAGAGUAUACGAAAACUAGAAUGAUAGCGGAUUAUGAUAAUACGACAAAAGAAUGGCUAAUCAAAAGGAAAGGUAGUUUUAGACCUCUCGAAAACUUGUUUGUGAUUCCCAAGGAUGAAGAUGACGAAGGCACUGGAUAUUUUGAGUGUCAAUUAGAUGAGGAUGAAUUACAACUAUGUGAGUUACGUAAAAUGUUCAUAUAUAAAUUAUUAGAUCCAAAUCCUGAAUCCAGGAUAACCGCGGACGAAUUUAUAAGAGGUGACUGGAUGACAUCGGUAUACAAUUGCUAUGAUUGCAUUAAUUAG